UCGGGCGGCGAGGGCAUGGCGCACGUGGGGUGCCGGGCGGGAGGGUGCCCUGAAUAGCGCCCCCGGGCAAGAUUGGGGCGCACCCCAGAGGGCACCAUGUGGGGCGCCGUGGCUGGGCUUUCUUGGCGGCCGACGCUGUUAGCUUUGAGCGCGGCUGGCCGCACCCGCGUUUUGGGGUCCGGGGCGGCGAGGAGGAGGGGUGUGUCGGCGAGGAGUUGCCACGGUUUAUCCGACUUUCACCCGGGUCUGGAUUACGAGGAGACGCCCCUGUGGUCGUUCGGUUACCGCUUCGACCCCAAGCGUUACGUAACCGAUCCGAAAUUGGUUAGGACCGUGGCAAAGAUCUUACAGAAACCACAGAAAACGUGCCAGCUCUUCAUGGAGUGCAAUCCUGGUCCUGGAAUCUUGACUAAAGCAUUUGUUGAAAGUGGUCAUAAAGUGGUUGCCCUUGAAAGUGACAGUACUUUUAUCCCACAUUUGGAGACCUUACAAAGUAAUUGGGGUGGAAAACUACAAGUGGUUCACUGUGACUUCUUUAAACUGGAUCCGAGAAAUGGUGGAAUAGUGAAACCUCCGAUUAUGCUUUCACAGAUGCUCUUUAAGAAUUUGGGGAUAGAAGCAGUUCCUUGGAAAGCAGGUAUCCCUUUCAAAGUAAUUGCAAGCUUCCCAAUUAAGAAUGAGAGGAGGAUACUAUGGAAAAUUUUACAUGACUUAUAUUCCUGUACUUCUAUAUUUAGAUAUGGUCGAAUAGAACUAAAUAUGUUCAUUAGUGAGUCGGAAUAUCAGAAGCUCGUGGCAAGCCCCAGAACCGCCCCCUUCUAUCAGCCUCUCAGUGUGCUCUGGCAAGUAGCUUGUGACAUCAAGCUUCUGCACGUGGAACCUUGCUCAUCAUUUGACCUGUGUACCCAAAAUGGGAUAUUGGAAAAGUCAGGUUAUAGGGCAGCCUUAAGCCAAAUGCAGCAAAGAAUCUGUUUUGUUCGAAUGACUCCUCGAAAAAAUUUAUUCACAGAAAACUUAACACCUAUUAACUAUGACACCUUUUUCCACAUGACGAAGCAGUGUUUUGUGAAGCGCAGCGCCAGGCUGUUGGACCAUUUACCUUCACUGAGUCCAAUUGAUACAAGGGACCUGCUGAAGAGAGUAAAUCACUUAGCGAAACUGAGGAUAACAAACAUGUACCCUAAAGACUUUAAACAGCUUUUUGAAACUGUGGAGUGUUUUGAUGAAUACACCUACAAAUGGCUGUAUGACGACAUCAUGGAAGAGGUGUCUGUGUAGCCGGCGGCGCUGUCCAGCCAGGCUGGGGCCAUUCAUUUACUGGGAAGCCACACAGUGAGAAAGAGCUGGUGGGAGAAGCUCAUUGCUGCAACAGAAGGUAACUAACUUGCGGUUUUGUGAAGGCCAAGUAGAAAAUUUCUUCUAAAGUUGAUCCCGUUAGUAUUGGAUAAGGACGGCAGUUUUUUUGAAACUGAAUAAAGUGAGAACUUCCGAUGAUUAUAGAUUUGAUCAGGUUGAAUUUGUUUUGUUCUGAAUUCCUAUCUAUAGUCAUACUGAUAGUUGGGGCAUAUUAUCACAUGAAGUUUAUUUUACGUUUAAAAUUGCUUUCAGCCAAACCUUUUUACAUUGUAUUAAUUAUUUCACUUUUUAUGUUAAUUUUUGCUACUCACGAGGGGCAAAAGAAUUUGCACAUUAUGAAGCUGAGACAGUAAAUAAAACUGAUUUUUGUAGUUUUACUUUUCUACUACAAGUAUUAUUCAAUGAAGUUAUUUAAAUUUUAAUAUUUAAACUGUAGAAUUAAAAUAUUUUAAGUCAAGAGAUUUUUGUCUUUCUUUUGGGCUCUAAAUAGCUAGUGAAACAUUAAAUGAACCCUAAUUUAUUCACUUUAAAUUAGGAUUAAACUUGUUCAUUUUAAAGUUUUUUUAUUUUGUUCCAUCAAAAAGUUCACCUGAAAUUAGACCUUUCCAUAAAUCUUAAAUGGAAUUAAGACUUUUUUUAGACCAUUAAUGAAGCUAUUAGAUUUUAUUUCAGACAUAGCUAGUCUUCUCAGAUUUCUCUCUUAUUGUAACAAUUUGUACAACCUAAGCUGCAUAUUUAGUAAGGAGGGCAUGUUCUUAGUGGCAUUUGGCCAAACCAGUUUUUCCUUUCUUCCCCACCAUUACCAUUGGCUUACUGUUCACUUUGGCCGGAAACUGAAUCCAUUUCUUUCUCUUCCUAUUCCUGCCCUACCAUUGCAUAACCUGCCUGAUCUUCAUAAUGUCAUUCAGUGCUCUUCCUAAUCCUGUUUCUCAUCUUCCAGUCUGUCACCUUGCUGGCAUAUUAAUAUUUCCAAACUGUUUCACCAUGGACUCGAUCAAUAAGCAGUACUAAGGUUUGGCAGAUUUGGUUUCCCAGUGGAUAAUAGAGGGAUAGCCACAUCUGGUACAGGGAGGAAAAGUGACUGAUAUCCCGAGUUAUCUCCCUGCUUGAAUCCACGUCUGAGUUUACAAGGCUCUGCUUCAGCGGGCCGCCCUCGUAGACAGCUACGAAAACAAAGAUACUAGUGCAGGCACCCGUUGGUGACACCCAAAACAGUGUCCACUUAGAUCCCAUUGUCCCUGUUCCCUAGUUGGAUUUCGCUGUUCCCUGACUUGCCAGCCGAUUUUCCUCUCGACCUCCUUCCCUUGAGCCGCACCUCUGAUCACACUAAGACAUCCUCCUCCUGCCCCUUCUUGAAUCAGCUUCUCACAUGUGUGGUCUUGAUGGCAUGUUUCUCUGCAGACUCAAGCUAACUGCAGAAGUUAAGGAAUGUGAAAGUAACAGGAAGAAAACGGUUGCAAUAAUACAAGUGUUAGAAAGACGGGACUUAGGGGAUCACUGCGAGGGAGGGAUUCCUGGUGACGACCAGGUGCAGAACUAGGGAAUUCAGGUUAAACAGUUCUGCUAGGUCUUCUGUUUUUGCUGGUGUCUGGGCUAGUGGGUGGUCAUUUGGUUCAUUGUGAACCCCGCCACCCGAUGGAUCUAAUACAAUGUUCAGAAGGAAUAUUGGGAAUGUGGCCUGAUAGAGGAAAGGUGCUUGCCCUAGAAAAGGGAACUGCCCAUACAGUUAGCUCUAGAUGUGAACACUGGCUAGAUAGAGGUGGCUAGAACCAAAAGCUUCAGUACACUCAGGGAUGGCUUAGAAUUCUCCGGCAGUGUUCAGAUUCUUAACAACUUUCCGGUAAGAAAAUAAUUUUUUUUUUGCUAAAAUACAGAAGAAUGCAGUCAGUUUAAAUUUAGUUUCAUUAAAAAUAUUGUUCUGUAUUAUUGACUUACCAUUUGUUCGGGCCUCAAUAAAUUGUAGAAUGGGGCCUUGUGGCUAUCAUGGUAUGGCUGGCCACUGAGGCUUGAGUUCCAACCCUGGCCAGGGAGGUGACCCACAAGGCAUAGCAGGCUCUGUCUUACCCAUUGCUCCCCUCAGCAGUGUAU